AUGGGCAAGAAGCGGAAGCAGCAAGAGGUGGCUGUUGAGGAGCAGCAGCCUGAGCCAAGCAAGCAGCACAAGCAGCAGCAGCAGCAGCAGCAGCAGCCGCAGCGGCGACCAGGCAAGCAGCGCAAGGGCGCCGCCGGCACGCCCGUGCCGGCCGCCGCCCCCGUGGCUUCACCGGCCGCUGCGGCGCCGGCGGCGGGCGGCGCGGGCGGCGCGAUCACCUUCAAAAACAAAGAGAAGGUGCUCGUGCUGGCCACGAGGGGCAUCGCGUACAG